AUGGCUAUCAAGCAAGACACUAUCGUUAUAAGCGCCGCUGCCAAGAAUCACAUCGUCUCUUAUUGCGCCGCUCUCACCUCGCCUCUCUUCAAGAGUUCAACCGAGCGGGCUACCAAAAUGGCCACUUAUUACCUCCCAACCAUUUCUUUGUUCGCGAACGGCAACAUCACUCAACUAUCUGAUCCAUCGCAGUAUGUGGCACUGAUCGCCGAGCCUUUGGACAGACUGAAAGGAAUCCCCGAAGUGACAGGGCACAGAGUUGAGGCCAUAGGCGAGAACUCCGCAAUUAUUUGGCUUUCCCUGGAGGUAAAUGGAGUGGAGAUCUCCAAUGUCUACUUUUUCAGGAGAAUGGAUGACGGUGCUGAAGGGUUUGAAGGUGGCAUUUUCGAUGGGGAGCUCUGGUUGCUGAAGCAACUGGCGAAUACGGAGUAG